AUGCAGCCAUCCAUGUCUCCAUCAGUCUGCAGUCCACGUUCCUACGCUGGGGAGGCAGCUGCUUUCUCAUUCUCACCGGAACUCACCUUUUUUGAUUCAACGCUACCAAACCAGCAACAAAUAAAACAUUCACAGCAAAUUAUUUCUCCAUUCCAACAAAUUAAGUUUCAACAACUGCAGCAAAUGCAUAGCAACAUUUAUCAACCGCAGCAAGCUCAUAUUCAACAAACGUCAUUGCCUCGGCAGAAAUUUGUUCCUCAGUCACAACUUGCCCCUCGCUUCAUUGCACCAUUGUCUCCGCAACGAAUGCCCGUCGUUCAAUCUUCUACUCCAUUCAACCAGCAACAACUUCUACUUCAACAUCAACUGAAAUUUGCUGCUAUUUCGCAAGCCAGUGGUGUCGCUUCUCAGUCUCAUGAGCAGCAGUCAGCCUCAUCUCCGAUCUCGCCAUUGUUACCAUGUCGACAACUACCUCAAACAUCGCCGGCACAAUCUUCUCUGGACAAGUUAACAGAAUCUCCACAGCACGAACCUCCGUCGGAUCAAUCAUCGAGGCUGGAUCCUGUUAUCUAUUCAAUGGGAAGUGAUUUCCACCAAGCAUUCCUUUUUCCAUCCACUUCCAUUGCUUCAGUUUGUUUGAGGCAAGAUUUGUUGCAUGCCACAGAUAAGGUGACCUCCGCUAUGAGCACUCUUGUCAACGAACUUAAUAUGGGUUUGUUGGAAGGAUUAUUCGAGAGUUCAAAAUAA